AUGGCCAGCGCCAAGGUCAAGGAGCAUAGACCUAAGCUUGAACCUGAUGGAGUUAAGGACUUAGAGCUUGAACCAGUGGAGCAGCUUGAACGUGAGGGAAGAAAGCUAGUAGCUGAGGAUGAGCUUGAACCGGAGCUUGUAGCUGAGGAAGCUUUAGCUGCACCAAUGGAAUUGGUUACUCAUUACAAAGUUAAUCUUGAGCUAAAAUGGAGACAACCUGAUCCUAAACCUCCCUGGUUUUUGAUCCAAGCUCAAGAGAUCAGCAAAUGGGCAUGUGUCUCAUUUGUACUCUUUUUCCCUUGUCAAGUUUUGUCCCAAUGGGUUUUCUUGACAAGCCUAGAGGUUCAGACUUUUGUGCCACAAUUGAAAGCACUCCUCUCAGUUCAAAGCUCUGAAGUGCCAAAGGUUGUGAAGAAAGAGCCAAGUGUGAGAGAUAAGGUUGAGAAGGAAGGUUGGAGAAGGAUCAAAGAGUUGAUAAGAGGACCAAGGAUUGAGAAGCCACGCCUUGAGAGGCUAGAGUUGAGAGACCACGAUCUGAUAGGCCACGAGCUGAUAGACUUGUUCAAGCCCUUGUGCAAGACCAGGGGAGAUAAAAGAAAGGAUCCACCAGCUCAGGCCCCUUCAGCCAAGCCAUCUCAGCUCACAAUGACCUUGUUCCCCACCAAGUUUGAAAAUGGGAAGAUUGAGUACAAGAUAAGGUACAAGGGGAGAUCAAGACCAUUCUCUAGAGCCAAGGCCUUGGUCACUUCAGAGCAGUCCAGGGAUCCAACCAAGCUAAAGGAGCUUCUGUCUCAAGUCCUCACUAUCACCCUUGAUGGUGGGACUAGCUCAACCAAUGCCUAA